GCGGAUCCGAAUGCCGGUGGGGAGGGCGGUUUUCAGGUGCCAGAUCCUCGACAGCAUGCAGGUGUCGCAUAUAGUGCCUCCCCAUCCCCAAGUAUGCUACCGUUCCACAGGGGAGCCAUCUAGGGAAUGCAGGGGCAGGCCAUGGGAGUGCCCUCGGGACCCGGGAUGUCGAUGCCGCACAUGCAGUCGAUGAUUGCACGUCCGCGAUUCCCUUUGCGGCCCGCACCACGGACGAUGCCAGCCGGGGCAGGGUACGUCGCUAACGCUUCGUUCAGCGCACAGCUUGCUGGCGGGUAUGCACCGCCGGGUGUGCAAUCCAUGCCCGCCGGAACGGCGUUUGGCAUUUCCGGUCAGGUCUUCCCUGCAUCUCAGGCCAUGGAUGGUGGGUAUGGCUGUGGAGCGGAGCCGUCAUGGUCGCCUCUGUGUGGGCAAAGCAGUCGGCGGACGUUGGGGCAAAGUACUCAGCCGACAUUUGGGGGCAAGUCCAUCCCUUCCCCCUCGUCUUGCAGACGCACUUCGAGCGAUCAGUCGGCGUCCAUGAUAGACGUCAACAGCGAAGACAACGGUGAAGUGCCGGCGAAUACAACCGGUUGGACGCCUGGAGGAGUUGGCGAUGGUGAGGGCACAUGGCAUGAUGACACGGGCAGGUCCAGUUACGCGGCAGAUGAAGGAGACGACGAGGACGACACUUCCACGCAGCCGGGGGAGAUGAACGAUGAAGAUGGUGGUCGUCGUGUGGAGGAGGGGGUUGAAGGGUGUCCAGGCGAGGAUGUGAAUGCGGCUAAGGGUGAUCAGCAGAAGCGUCGCGGUGGGUGGCCUCCGACCAGCAACCCCAAACCGAAGGUGCCAUGGACGUUGGACGAGAGGAUCCAUCUCGGUGAGGAUGAUGCAAGAGGACGACGCCCUCAUGGCGGACGCCAACGGCCAACACCGCAUGAUGGCGAUGAAGGAUCGAUACGCAUGGGUGCUCGCAUGGAUGAAGGAAGCCGAGUACAUGCACAGGACAGCAGAGGAUUGCCGGAAGAAGUGGACCAACAUGAUGACAACGGCGAAGCUCAUCCUCGACAAGCAACAGAAGAAGAAGCCCCCGUUGUGCCGUUCAACGGGGAUUUAACUCGGACCCCGGGGGUGUACAACAAGUACAACGGAGUUGUACAAAACCUGUUGCGAGUUGAAUGGAUACACAGAUCACCGACAGUCGGAUCCGAGGCAAAGGGGACGGAAGAGUCGGACAGCUCAAGCAAGGCACGCAGAACAGGGACCGACAAAGCGAGGGUUCAUGAAGGCGGCUCAGGCGGAUCGUCCUUGAGCAAAGUCAUGGAAGACUCAACGAGAUCGUAUUGUCAGGGCCUUGAUAAUGUGGCGACCGCCCUGGCGAGAGCGACUAUAGGAGCAGGCACGGCAAUAGCAGCGAAAAUAGGUGAUGUAGCCGAUGCAAUGAGAGGGGGAAAUUCUGUGCUGGAACUGUUGGUGGGGGUUCUUGCGCGGCACGGGGGGGGAGGGGGUGGGGGCAACUUCAGCAUGCGCGUCAACGAUGUCUAUGCGAUGGACAUCACGGCUGGAUUGGGGUAUGUCGAUGAUGGUGCUUUGAGCCGCGUCCUACUGUUCGUGACGAAGAGGCAUCCGCUGGUGCCGAACAGAUGGGAAGGUCCCGAUCGGGACGCGGUGGGGGACACCAUCAAGUACCUUGUGUUCGCCAUCGCCGAUGAGUUCGCGAACCGCAUGGACGACACGCCUUGGUACGACACCAUCUUCGACCCCCCUUUGGAGGGCAGGGGGUACUUGCACGGGCUGGUGGAUAUAUGGGGACCUGAGGAUGUCCUUCGUGUCCGUAAAUGGUGAUCGCCACGGACGUUAACCGCCGGUGAUGAGUGACGAUGUGAGGCGACAUUCGAUCGCUGUUUUUUUUUCGCUGUCGUUGGGGUCGUUUCGUAUGUUACGGUUCCGGCAUAGGUUAAACAGUCGAUGUUUCGCCAUAGUGUUUGGGAAAGAAGGUUCGAGGUACAAUGAGUGUAGAGUGCCGAAGCAGGUCAAUCCUUCCUUUUAAGGAAGCAAUCAAUGCUUGUUUCGAUG